AUGCCCCAUCGGCCUACAAAAGAAGAGCUUUUGGCAGCUGCAACAGGGUUUUGGUCACGGUUGAAAGUCCGCUUCAAAUGGUUUUCCAUAAGAAGCGUGCGGCCAUGGAAUAUAGAUGAUUGGAGCGCAUUUGUGUCAUGGUUUGUGCUUGGAAAUAUUGUCUGGAUCUUGGUCGGAACUACAACAUUCUUUUCUCUUGUCAUUUUCUCCAUAAACACGGUUGUUGCUCAAGAAACACUUGCACGAUGGAUUGGUGAUUAUCUAACUCAUUCAGCUGGAGUGAAGGUUGUCUUCGAGUCUGCAAUCGUGCCGAAAUGGAAAGAUGGAGUGAUCACAUUUCACAACGUAUUCGUUUCUAGACGCCCUGGCCAAGGCAAGACCAAAGUCAGCAAAGGAUCAUCCAUGACAGCCGCAGCAGCAGCUGCUGCGGAGAGACAAGCUGAGCUGGAAGGGAGAAAAGAAACAGAGGAAGUGGUGGUCGAAGAAGAAGAGGACACGAACUAUACGCAAUUCGAUCUUACGAUUGGCACGGUGAACGUCACACUUUCGUUUGUCAAGUGGUGGAACGGAAAAGGCCUUCUGAGAGAUGUGGAAGUGAAAGGGGUGCGAGGGGUUGUGGAUCGAACAUCUGUACACUGGGGAGGAGACUACGUUGAUCCGAGGACAUACUUACACAAGCACCAUGCUGGAGAUUUUGAGAUUGAUUCGUUCAAGAUGGAAGACUUGUUGAUUACAAUCCACCAGCCGAAAGGGUUUCGGCCAUUCUCAGUGAGCAUUUUCAAUUGCGAGCUACCUCAGUUGCGAAAACAGUGGUUAUUCUACGACUUCCUAUCCGCAAACAACAUGUCAGGAGCAUUUGAUGGAUCUUUGUUUACUAUUCAUCCUCGACAAAUGCACGGACUUGCGGGGGCUCGUCAUGACGAAGAAGCAGACGAGGCAAGUCCGUGGAAGAAACAGAGCAGACUUCGCAUAGAUGGGUUGAAAAUUGAUCACUUGAAUCGUGGAGUUGAAGGGCCGUUUGGAUGGAUCCAAGAAGGCAAUGUGGAUAUCGUGGCAGAUGUCAUGUUCCCAGCAGAUACAGAUGACAGCAUUGCAAAGGUCAUGUCUGACUUCUAUGACCGCAUGGAAGCGACUGUCACAUCGAAUCGGUAUCUUCAUAUCUUGGAGAAUAGUCCGCGGACAGCUGACCUAAACACACCUGAGAAUCGAGCAUCGUUUGCUGAAAAAGUCAAGAAGGACGACGACAAAAGGUUCCUUGUCAUGGAUCUCAGAGUCCAUCUCAACGAUGUCAAGGCUGCUGUACCACUCUUCACCCGCGAUCUUUCUUACAUCAAUUCAGCUUUGAUUAGACCCAUUGUGGCCUACAUCAAUUCUCAGAAGACCUUCAUUCCCAUCAAUUGCAGAAUUGUCAAACGAGCCAGCGAGUUCGACGGUAGUUGGACCAUCUUUGAUAGUGGAUUGAUGGAAGAUUUAUCCGCCGAGACCUACGAGGCGUUUGCUAAAGAUGUGGUCGAUAGUCAGGCGCGAAUGAGGAGGUUGAAGAAAGUAGGAUUCUGGUCAAUAUCCUUGGCCAUUCAGGCUCUAUUUAUGGGCAUGGCUGGUAACGUGGCGUAA